UGUAAUUAUAGAUAGUAGAUAACAAUAUUUAAAAAAAGUCAAAGAAACAAUUUUUAACUUAAAGAAUUAUUAGGUGUAUAGUAGCUAUAGAUGUUACAAAACACAAAAUGUACCAUUUUAUAAUGAUUAAUUUAAAUAUCCAGUUUUAAAUACUUAGGAUAUAGUUUAAAUAGAGGAUAAUUUUGAAUAUUUUAGUUUUAAAUUUGUUUAAUAUUUAAUAUGAUCACAACUCAAAAUUAGAAUCUUUUCUAACUAAACCUAUUAAUUUACGUUAACAUCAAGAUGAAAUUAUUUUAUAUUAUCAUUGUUAUUAUGAUGAUUACAUCUUCUAAUGCAGAUUGUGGAUGUAAUACAAAUCGCCUUAAAACAAAUACUAAAGAAGAUGUCUGCACAUCAUCAGCAACAAGUCAUUCGGAAACGUUUGAAUCAGAAUUAGAAUCUAUGAUUUUAAUCAAAGGGCAGAAUUUUUCGAUUGGUACUGACAAACCAGAGAUUGUGACCGAUGGAGAAUCUCCAUCCCGCACCGUGUACUUGGAUGAUUAUUUCAUUGAUAAAUAUGAAGUAAGCAAUUUAGAAUUUAAACAUUUUGUUGAAACAACGGGAUACCAAACAGAAGCAGAGGUAUUCGGAGAUUCGUUUGUGUUUCAAUUAUUUCUUAGUAAAACUACAUUAAAAUCCAUAACACAAGCUGUUAAAGAUGCUCCCUGGUGGGUACCAGUUAAAGGUGCCAAUUGGAAACAUCCUGAAGGGAAAGAUUCUAAUAUUAAUGAUAGAGAAUUACAUCCUGUUGUGCACGUUAGCUGGAAUGAUGCCAUAGCAUUUUGUAACUGGGCUGGAAAAAGGUUACCAACUGAAGCUGAAUGGGAAGCUGCUUGUAGGGGUAAUCUCAAAGAUAGACUUUUUCCUUGGGGAAAUAAGCUUCUUCCAAGUAACAAGCAUAGAACAAAUAUUUGGCAAGGGGAAUUUCCAUUCAAAAACACUGCUGAAGAUGGAUGGGCAACUACAGCUCCAGUAAAUACGUUUCCAAAAAAUGGUUAUGGUCUUCAUAACAUGGUAGGAAAUGUAUGGGAAUGGACAAAUGAUUUUUGGAGUGUGGAUCAUGACCGAAGUUUUACUAUCAAUCCAGGGGGUCCUUCAGAAGGAAAAGAAAAGGUUAAAAAAGGUGGGUCAUACUUGUGUCACAAAGAGUAUUGUUAUCGUUAUCGAUGUGCUGCAAGAAGUCAAAAUACACCAGAUAGCUCUGCAUCAAAUCUUGGAUUCAGAUGUGCAAAAGAUAAAUAAUAAAUUGGAAACUGAAAAUAGAAACAAA